CAACGACCCGGUCUACAUACAUACGUUCCCCGGAAAAACCAAGCCCCGAAACUCAAAUUUCAAAAGUCAUUUCAUAAAUUGGACGCCCAAAAUUUUCACGCACGCAAAGAUCGUGAAACUUGACAGUUUUGGGCAAAGUGCUGAAGUGGUACUCAGAGUGUGAACUACAUUGGAUAAGAAUUCAAAGAAAUCAAAACAAAAUCGCAUACAAACAAAUAAAUAAACAAACCGUUAAAAAGUGCUGAAUAUGUAGGCAAGAAAUUGGGGCGCUAAAGACAAUUUUUUUGAUUACGCGGCGAUAUAAUUCGUUAAGUCGAAAUAAAAAUAAAUAAAUAAACAAGAAUCAGAGUCUUGUGACACAAAUUUUAAAACUACUUAUUACUACACAUUUGGGCUUUAAGCGGUAAAGACAGAGUUGGAAAAAAUGGUUGGAGGCGCAGAACUAAAUAAACUCCUGAUGGUAACCGUUUCAAUGUUGGCUGUUUCCUGCAUGGUGCUCUCACAUCCCGCCAUCGAAGAAGAUCAAAUGAUGGCAGAUGAUUACGACUACGGAGAACCCAAUGAUCAAAGUCAGCAAAGUAAGUCUGGUACCAGCGCCUCUUCUUCAUCCAGUUUUCCAAAGAUGCCCAGCACUUGGACCAACCGGACGAAAGUUGAUGUGACUGGAAUUCUGGGCCAGAACAUUGUACUGAAAUGCGAUGAUAAAGUUGGCAAAGACAAUGUCGUUCUCUGGUAUCAAGGAAAAAAUUUGGUCUCAAAUGGAAAUAGCGUGCUAGUUCCCAACUUUAGUCUCAACCCUAAGACAUAUGAGCUGACAAUACUGCACUCGAGCCCACAAAGUUCUGGCGACUACUAUUGUGAGGUGGAACCACAAAAAAUCCGUGUUCACACUAAAGUUAUUGUGCUGGAGCAUGAGCAUUCCCUGGAUGCUAUAGCACCAGAGAGUUCUACAUCGGCCCAAAGUCAUGUGACGAUCACGCUCUGGUUGCUGGCGGCCGCUUCGAGUAUGGUUCUGUACCAUUUUAAAAUAAAUAUAUAGAGUACCUUAGCAUAACGCACAGAUUUACAUUUAAAUUUAAUGUCCAUUGGAUAUGCUUGAAAGCGUUUCUGUCUCCCUAAAACUUGAUUACAUCUGCAUAAGUAUAUAAGAAAAAAAAAAAGAUGAAGAAUUAUAGGUCUUGUUAAUUGGAAAAUUUUGUAAUUGUAAAGACAAAAUCAAUUUAUUUAUUAAAAGCCAAAGUAUACAAAAGCA